AUGUCUUACCGCGAAAAGGUUUCCACUUCCGCUGCAGCGGCAGCACUUCCUCAAUUCUCGCAAGCAGUCAAGUACGGCGGCAUGGUGUAUUGCAGCGGCACCCUUGGCAUUGACCCAGCCACCGAUGAACUUGUGUCUGGGACGGUUACCGACCGAGCCCGGGUAGCACUCCGGAAUUUACAAGCCACUCUCGAAGCCGCCGACAGCAGCCUGAACAGGGUGGUCAAAGCAAAUAUUUUUCUGUCGACUAUGGAUGACUUCGCUGCUGUCAAUAUUGCAUGGGAUGAAUUCUUUCCUGUUGAUCCGAAACCGUGUCGAACGUGCGUUGCUGUUGCUCAGCUACCUUUGAACACAGAUGUCGAAAUUGAGAUGAUAGCAAGUCACGGUUAA